GUGAGUUGCACGCGCCUUGCAGCUCACCCGAAAAUCAUAAAACAGCAACGGGAAAAUCGUUUUAAAAUCAAACUGCAAUUAAACAAAACAAAUAAAUAAAGCGGGCAAAAAACAAAAAUCAAUUACAAUACCCAAAUCCCGUUUUCGAGAAUUCUGAAUAUCGGUUCUUCCGCCUUCGUUUCGAUCGGUAUAAAAAGGAAUCCAGCCUCAAGAUGAUAUUCGGUCGCUGGACGCGUAAACAAAUACUCACCAUGUUCGGUUUGGGAGCUGCCCUUCUGGGCCUCGUUAUUGUGAUCGGUGUCCUCAACAGCAGCGUGUCCUCAAAGAACCUCGAAUUUAAGAAUGCAGCCAGAUCCAAGUGCUAUAAGACCACUCCCAACACCACCCACUCCACGCUGGAAUUGGUUCACAUAGUGUUCAGACAUGGCAUUCGCACCCCAGUGGAUACGUAUCCCAAGGAUCCGUAUCUGAAUGAUGGAUUCAAGCCAACAGGAUGGGGACAUGUGACUAAUUCGGGAAAACGGGAACUCUUCGAGAUGGGCCACUGGCUGAAUCGACGCUACGGCGAGUUCAUGGGUCCCUAUUACAGACCGGAACGCCUGCAUGCCCAGGCUACUGCCUCACCUAGGGCCAUGAUGUCCUUGCAAACAACACUGGCCAGCAUGUUUGAGCCGCGGGGAACCCCCAUGGAGUGGAAUAAGCACCUUAACUGGCAGCCCAUUCCCAUCGUAUCGGAGCCCUUGGAUGAGGACUCGCUCCUGCUGGUUCGGACACCCUGCCCUCGCUACUUCGAGGCCCUCGAGGAGGUUUUCAAGAGACCGGAAGUUAUUGCCGAAACAGAACCCUACCAAGAGAUGUUCCGCGAGCUGACAAAUCUCACGGGGAAAUCGAUUCAGAGUGCCGAGGAUAUCAACUCCCUCUAUAUAACGCUCCUAGCUGAACAGGAAUUCGGUUAUAAGUUGCCUGAUUGGGCCAAGGAUUACUUCCCCGAUCGCAUGCAGUUUCUGGCCGAGCAGAGUUACGUUUACAAUGCCUAUACACCCGAGAUGCAGAAGAUCAAGGGUGGACCCUUCCUGAAGAGAAUGUACAAGGAGAUGAGUGCCAAGAGAGCAGGAACUCUGAGCCCCAAGGAUCGUCGAAUGUUCAUAUAUACUGGCCAUGACUGGACCGUGGGCAACAUCCUGAUGGCCUUGGGCGUAUGGAGGCGUCAGAUGCCAAGGUUCGCUGUGAUGGCCAUUUUCGAGACGCAUCGGGAUAAGGAAACGGGGGAAUACUAUGUGGAGAUCUUCCUCCGCAACGACGAGCAGGGCUGUCUCAAGCAGCUGCAGCUGAAAGACUGCGAACUCCAGUGUCCACUGAGUAGACUCAUCCAGCUGAGUGGCGAUGUCUUGCCCAACGAACCGGCGGAGCAGAGGUGUCGGCCACAUGACGAUAAUUUCGUGGAGCCGCCACCGCGCAUAAUCGAUCAGAAUGGCCGUUAGCGAAAGGCAACUGCCACAGCGAAAUGUGUUGACUCAGUAUUACAAUAGCAGUCCACGGAGAGAAGUGCAAAAAAGAAUAUUAUAGAAAAAAUAAAGUACAAUAAAAAUCCC